UAGAAGGGGGCCGCAGGGGCUCCUGUCCCAAGUUGGGGUGCUUUUCUCGGAGGGGCGCUGUGGGGCUUUGGGCUCCUCACCUUGGCCCCUCGCGACUUGGUCGGUCAGCCAGCCCCACCCCCAAGACCCGGCCCAAAGCACUAUGGGCACAGGGGGUCCCCCGGGCCUUGGGCUGGAGGCCAUGCGUCUUGCAGCGCACCUGUGCAGCCCCAGGUGCUGGGUCCGCGGGCCAAGUGCAGGCGCAGCGCACCCCCCACCCGCCCCCGCCCGAAGGCAGCAGCUCACCAAACCGAACCAACCAGAAACCUCAAUCAUUUCCUGAACGUUUACUGCUGACACCCCGUGGAGAUGGAAAAAAUGAAAACCUGUCCAGCGACCCAGGUUCCACCUGCUGUACCCGGUCCAACCUCUGCUUUCCAGGCAAAUAGGCAAGAGCUAGCCUAGCCCUCUUCAAAUCCAGCCCAGACAGAGGCUGGUUGGGCUGGUUCCCGUCCUCUGGCGGGAAAGGCCAGGGGGUCGCCAGCCCCAGACCGUUGAGCCCCAGGAGCAGCUCUGGCUGCAGAGGGAUUUGCAAAUGAAUCUAGGGAGCCUCCGGGAAAGCAGCAGACUGCCCGGACCCCCACUGCCUGGCCCUUGCGGGCAGCGGAGACUUGUCGGUAAGAAAGGGCAUUCCCAUCGUACACGAGCCUUUCCUGGAAAACGAGGAGGGAGGUCUCCCCAACCCCCCUGACCAGGCCAGCGCCGCCUCGAUGGUAACGUGGACACGGUGACCCCAAGCCACGCUUCUUCCUAGAUGAGAAGGCCUAAUCUGGAUGGACACGCUCCGGCCCCGGCCCCGGCCCCAGCUCUGCUGUGAAUUUCCAUACGGCAACGACACACAUCCUGGUCCGGACGUCGUGGGCUCAGCGUCAGGACGCAUGUGCCCGGGUGGUGGCUACCGAGUGACGAGGACAGACUGUGUGUGCUCUACGAGCCAAAUCGGAGGUAAUUAUUCCCUGUGGCAGGUCUGGAGCAAACACCCUCCAAAUUACCGUUGCCAUUUGGGUACUAAAGUGAACGAUUUGAAAGAGAAAGGCUGGUGAGUGAGCAAAGCCCUGAACACGCUCACCGAUAUUUCGUCUUCAGAGGAGCAAACCGUGGGCAUGUUUAUAUCCCGUCCUCUUUCUGGCUGAGGCCUCGGAGCCCGGGGCCUGCUUCGGAUUCUGUGUCUCCCUCUCUCUCUGCCCCUCCCCUGCUCACCCUUUCUCAAAAGUAAACAUGGAAAAAAAAUUUUUUAAACAAGUAAAAAGAAAAAAAAAAAAACUCUCCCAGAUGCCCCAGAAGCGCGUCGUGCAGCCGCGCUCAACAGCAAGGCAGUCAACGAGAGCCACGGCUUCUAGCGGCUCGCUCGUCGCUGCCUCCCGGACAAAGGGGGCAGGACCCUCGGCAGGUCCCCGCGGAGACGCCCCCCAGGACACAGAGCGUGCCUUCCCCAGUGUGAAGGAACUCAGGACCCACGAGCCCUUCCUGAAGGAGACUGAGCACUGGAUCUGUGGGAGGAUGUACCCAAAGCGAUGCUGGACUCGCGGUCCCAGAGCUGGACGUCAGCGCUGUAAAGCGGGACCCGUAAAGAGACGGAUACGGCCAACCAGAGUCAGAGGACGAAGGACAGAAGAAGGCAGAGGGAGCAUAUUGAUGAAAGGGAAGGCCGGGUUUCUCCUUUUCCACGCCCUCUCCGGGCACCCGCGUGGGCUCAGCAGCCCGGAAGCUCUCCUGACCCUGGGAUUUCUGUGGGGACCUCAUCACACGGGCAGCUGCCUACCUGAGUUCAUUGGCACACGAACCCUUUGGGGAAAGAAGCCUGCACUUCUGUCUUUGUACUUUUCUGCACCGAUUACAUUCUUUGGGAGAAAAUGCUUUCUGGCACAAAAACAAGAGAGUACCUUUCUCCAAAGGAAAAAUACAGAAGUGCCAGAAGCAAACGUGCCAGGAUUUUACCAGCUGUUACUGCUGGGCCAUAACAGUCCAAAUGCGUUCCUAGCGCUCCGCACCCCCCCACCCCUCCCACUGUGUUCCCCCGUGGGCCUCUGCGUGGAUUCACCCCAACCCAGGAGUCUACACAGCAGCAGGGAUCACCCUCCGCCGAGGGGGCCAACGGAUGCCCUUCUGGGUGCAGGCGAAGUGAUCUGGGGGCCCCGAGACAUGACUCCCAUUAGCUGCAGAUGCCGCCCUGCAGCGGCGACGGGCCCGGGAGAGGCGGUCGAGGGGAAGGUGAACUCAAGGUCUCAGCCACCCCAGGCACGGGCCCCAAUCUGGGGAGGGAAGUCGGGUGACGGUAACACUCCCACCACCCCAGACUCGGAGCUCAGCACCCCCGGCAAGCGGGGUCUCCUCACGCUCAGCCGGCUGUGAGCUGCUCAGCAAUUUGGACCUUUCACUCCUGACCAGGCCCAGUGUCCUUUCUCCGGCCUCCCUCCUUCCUCUCCUCCCUGCAGCUGCAGGGUCACCCCCCCUCCCCCAUGGGGAAGAACUCCCGCCCUCCCAGUGAGGAGGGUUCAUGCCCCCCCCCAGCAAGGAGGAGUCACACACACACCCCGCCCCGAGUGGGGAAGGACCCCCGCCCCCUCCGCGGAACACCAGGGUGGUUGGAAACGAACCCUCUGCUGGGCCUCCUAAAACCCUGGGCAGGAAGAGGCGGGGGCGCAGACUGCCCCUAACCGCCCUUCCAGAAGUCGGAUGACUCGGCCAGAAGGGCAGCCGGGAGCCCCCCAGCCCCCGGGCAGCAGCCCUGCACAGGUUUGGGUGAGGAGCCGGUUUCGGGUUUGCACCUGUCGGCGCGGCCCCGCGGUUGGAGCGGUUCCAGGGCGCCUGCCCAGCGCUCCCGGGCCCGGCCGCCACCGAGCUAAUUGCUUCAUAACGG